AUGCCAGAGCAGGCGGACGAUAUCAUUGCCACUGGAAAGAUACAGUUUGUCUUGGGUGACAUGACCAAGCCUGAUCUCGGCCUAUCCUCUGUCAAUCUCUUGCGUCUAAGAAAUGAAGCCACAAUAGUGAUCAAUGCGGCUGGGGAUAUCUCCUUGUCUCGGGAUCUUGCAGAAACAUUACCGGUUAAUUGUACCGCACACUUGACCCUGGCCACUAUGGCAGACAGCUUCACACAGUUGAAAUACUUUCUGCAUGUAUCAACUACAUAUGCAUCCAGCUUUCUCCCGGAUGGCGUGGUAAAGGAACAACUCUACCCUCUAUACAAGGAUCCCUGGGAAGAACUUGCCGAAAUCGAGGCCACAGGAAAAUCAUCUUAUACAAAGCAAUUUGCUGCUCCUUAUGCUCUGACCAAACACCUAGCCGAAUGUUUACUUUCAACCGGCGAUCACAAAUAUCCGAUCCUCGUCGUGCGACCUUGCCUUAUUUCGCCAGCAAUAGAAGAUCCUUUCCCAUUUUACGGAAGCGAUGGCGCAAUACCCGUACAUUCAUUCAUUCAGAUCCUGUUAGGAGACUCGGAAUAUGGACCGUUCAAACUUGAGCAAACACUCCCUUGGGACGCAGCAUGCAACGAGAUCCCAGUUGAUCUCGUGGCACGCACGUGUCUCGCUCAUGUUGUGAAAGGUACCACAGGUGUGGUCCAUGCCAGCGCCGAUUUAUACGUACCACGAACCAUUGGUGAGCUGCUUAACCGUAUGCGCCAGUACGCCCCAGAUGGGGUAGUCGAAGAAGUUAGAAAGGCCGGGAUCGGUCACAGAGAGGUUACUGCUCCUGAAUUUUUCAGCAUGAUCCAACAAUUUGCUCGGGACUGGAAAAUUGAAUGCGCGCGAUCUCUUCACUUGAAGCAGAUGGCGGGACCGCUAGGACUAUUUCUUAGUGGCCAUGACCCUGAGAUCUUUUUCAAACUUCGAAUUGAGAAGCUUGCCAAGGCUCUUCUGGGAAAACUUAAAAGUACUACUCCGUCGGGCAACAAGGUUUAUCAAAGUCUGACUCCGUGA